AAUAUUUACCGUUUUUUACGCACGGUGACUCUGCGAGCUGGAGAGACUCGUAUACGGUCCCGGACGCACGAUGUUGAUCGGUACGUCGGCUCAGGGCAGCCCCCUCCUCGCCUCCCUGCCCCUCCCGGGACGGCCUCUGCAGCCGCAGCUUGACCUCAAACAUCUCCUGCCCUUCAGACUCAACGGAUCCUCCCCCCUCAAUCUCUUUCCUAACUUCAACACGAUGGACCCUGUCCAGAAGGCAGUGAUCAACCACACAUUCGGUGUCCCUCAGCCCCUCAAGAAGAAACAGAUUAUCUCCUGCAACAUUUGCCACCUGCGCUUUAACUCAACGAACCAGGCAGAGGCCCAUUAUAAGGGCCACAAGCACACCCGGAAGCUCAAAGCCAUGGAGGCCCAGAAGAACAGGCAGCGAAGAGCUGGGGAGGCCUCAUCCACAGGAAGAGACAGAGACAGAGAACGAGACAGAAGCAAGACGUCCACAUCGGAGCCUCUUCCCACGCUCAUGGACACAAGCUUAAUGGAGGGAUCAAGUCUUCAGUCUGACCAGGAACCAACCAAUCUGGAGGAAAAGCUUGACGAGAGUCCGAGGAUUUCAGUCAUGCUGACGCCAGUAUCCGAGGUUUCCUCCGUGGAGUUGGUCACCCUUUCCCCUCCUCAGAUUUCGCCUUCCUCACAGCUCUCAGAGACCGCCUCGGACACCAGCGGCCCUGAAGUCCCCGAGGCCAUCGAUGCUGAGGGCCCAAUCACUGAGGCAGGCAGCCCUGUGGACGCCUCCAGCAUAAAGGAGGAGCCACGUACAGAUGAGGACCCCGACUCCAACAAGAGCAAGGCUCACCUUCAUUGUCCUGUCUGUAAAGUCACAGUCAACUCCACCUCCCAACUGGAUGCACAUAACAGUGGUACAAAGCACAAACUGAUGCUGGAAGGUCACAGUGUCCUGCCCCGGCGCAGGGGGAAGGUGGUGGCAGCUCGGGCAGGGUGCAAGAGCAAGAGGCUGGCCAGCAAAGGCAGCGUCGGGGUGCCCAGCAAGAACUUUCAGUGUGAAGUGUGUGAGAUCUUUGUGAACUCAGAGACACAGCUUAGCCAACACAUGAAUAGCAGAAGGCACAAGGAUAGGCUGGCCGGAAAACCACCCAAACCCAAAUUUACCCCCCACAGCAAGAUCCAGCCAAGCACCAGCUUAGCGAAUGUGAGAUGGAGUGGCUAUGCGGGCCUGGCUGUGUCUGCCAUGAAGAAAGCGUUCAGCCAGUACAAUCUCACCUCCCUCUCCGUGCAGACCAAACUGGCCUUGCAGAAGCAGCUGACCAAGAGCUUGACGACUGGCUUCCUGCCCAGCCCCCUCACCCAGCCCACCCUGUGCACAAUGGCUAACCCACUGGCUCUGCGCCACCCAGUGGGCACCACCUUCAUCCAGAACCCCUUCCUGGGCCCUGCACUGUUUCGGCCUGCCCCGGGGCCGCUGAGGGCCACACACACACCCUUCAUCUUCUCCCCCUACUAAAGACUAAACGCCCUUCCCAUCUGAGCUCCACCCUUGUCCCUUUACCAAACCCCAGGCCCUCCUUUAGUGUGUCCCACAUGACAAGGCCACACGCAAACUAUGCAGCCCGCCUGACUUAUAAUAGAGAGAGAGCACAAGUCCUCAUGCUCAGUAGGCACUUAUAGGCCUGACAGCUGUUCCUAUCAUAAAGGCCAAGAUCCCCCAUCAUGCCUUCUUUCUGCUCCUCUUAUAAUGACCAAAGGAGCAGGACAGGCCUCCAGAGAGUGACUGGUGCACAGAGGCCGCUUUUAUAGCCAUUUCAUGGGUCAUCAUGGUUUGGAUUAUGGAUAUUAUUGUGUAAUUUAUUAGAGAACAAAUAUAGACAAGUCUAGAUGUAUGUUUAGUGUGGUUGCCACAAAAGAAGGUCCCUUUACUUGAUGCUCUUUUAAAACGUUUUAACUUAUUGGUUUGAGGGUUCAAUGAAAGGUUGGAGGAUCACAAGUCAUUAAAGCAGCUGAACCAGAGGCUUCGUCCUGAAUGGCUGGACAGGAGGGUGGCAUUGAUCAGUAUUUUCAUGUUACAAGCUUAAAGGAUCAUCAUGUCUCUGAUAUGGUAAUUAUCUAAGAGUCCACACUGUGGGGGGUAUGUGAUGCUAUAUCUGUAUGUUCAUUUAUUUAAAACCCCACCACCAUUUUGCACCUCCAGCUGUUUUCUCAAGCCCUUAACUUUUCUUUCUGAGUCACAGACACAGUCAUAGCCCCUCCAGACUUUUUUUCUCUUUCUGUAUCCUCAGGUUUAAGCUCUCAUUAAGAUCAAGAAAAGGUCAGCUUGUCAACUUGACUUUGUUUCAAUUUGCAAAUCUGUCUUUGGAAUUAUUUUGUUCAGUGUGUCUUUUAUGUAAUGCAGUUAAACAGUAUGUCUCGCCAAACUAGCGGUACGAAAACAUGUGUGCAGCUGUGGAUGUCUUACAUUGAAAAAUGCCAUUAUUUCUUCCCCCUUGUGGCUACUCAUUUCCUUUCUCCUUCCCCCCACUCUCACCUCUUCGUUGCCCUUGAUUUUUCUGUGGCGCGAUGAGAUGUGCAUGAGAUGAUGAUAAAGAGCAUUGAAAGCCUCUCGCACUACACGAAUGCGCAAAAUCACACAUGAUAAAACACAAUGGAUCAUUUAAAGACUUGCUUUCAGAGCCCCGCGGAAAGUUUGGAUGAGAAUGGGGGGUAUUUGAUUGACAACCUGUCGCAGUGUCAGCGCACAGCGUGGGAGGGAACAAAGCACAGUGCCAUGGCAACCACAUUAAGAGCACCUUAAAACUGAUUUACAAAAGCAAUGACAAUUGUGUUGAUAUUUGCCUUUACUUUUUUUACGUUUUGCCCUAGGUGUAUGUUUUUACAAUCCCAAGUUAGAUUGAAAGGGAAAAAAACAAUCAGGUGAGAAUUUACACGUUAUGGUUCAUUCAUAACUAAGACAAGUCUCUCACAUUUAAAGCAAUACAUUCUGUGAGUUUAUGUUUAUGAUGUGUUUUUAGUGUGUCAAUGGCUUUAUCUAUUCUAUACCGUACACACACAUGUAUGAAGUACUCCAACACAGCCAAGGGUUCACUCUGAAUUGAGGGGUGGUCCUGCCGGUGCUGGCCUUGAUGCUUGAUGCUCACGGUCCAUCUCCACGACUCUGGACCAAGCUGUUCCGUUUAAAGCCGCUCUGAAAGGCGGCUUCAGCGCCAUAUGAUGUUCCUGUUUCCCUUUUUAGUGCAGGAGAACUUUUGUAUGACUUCCACUGAGCAAAACAACGUUACGUCAGAGACAAGUGUUAUGGGAUACAUGUCACGUGCAUCAUCAACUGUCAUAUUGCUGUUCAUGCAUGUGGGCCGCCCCACCCCUCCCUCAUUACCCAGGACAUCUACUGACACUCAAACCCUCCCUCUGCCAGAAUGGACUGUUGGCAAGAUAGGAGCGUACAUGUGACCCUUCCUUCAACAAUCAUACACAAUCAUGUAUUCUUAAAUUACAGUAAUGGAGCAGAUCCUAUGCAUUUCUCAUUGUGCAAUAUGUAUCGUUGUGUGUGAUGCAACAGUGCCAUCUGUCGUGAAAACCCUGUAAUGCCAUCCAGUACUAGUGCUUCUGAAAACCUUUGCUCCGUGUACCUUUCUGUUUAAGAACCCCCAAGUCCUUCUGGGUAAGCGAGGCCAUACUGAUGUGAUUCUCCCAAGUCGCACUACUCAGUGAACCAGCCAGCCUUUAAUCUUCAUUGUUUGUUUGUUUCUAUCGCUCAGUGGGAACUCUGACCUAAAGAACUGAAACCUUCUUAACAUAAAGAAUCUAGAGAUGGAAAUUAUAUGUAGAAAUCAUAGAGUAACUAUAGAGAUUUUAUCAGAGUUGCUAUUGUUAUCUGUAUCAUAAAGAACUGCUAUCAUAGAAGAGAGUAGAUUAUGUUAUUGUAGGCUCUGUGCGGAAUACAGGGAAAGGAAAAAUCCUUUGCUUUCUUUUGUUCUUUGUUUGUUUCUUUACAUGUUUUUUUUUAAGUACAACAAAAUGUAUUUAAAACAAAAGUUUAAUGAGUGAGUUUUUCUUUCCUUGAUGACAGUGACGGAAUUAAUAUUGUAAUUCAAGGCCUUUUUACACAAUAUCCUAAAGUCACAUUAGCCAGGCCUUCUCAGGGGUGACAGGUUGAGCAAACGUUAACAUGACCAUCCAUUCAGGGUAUCCCUCAAUAGCUCUAGGGAGCAGGAAACACUGUACACAUGGAUGGAUUGAAAACAGUCAGUGCUGUACCAUAGAGAGGACAAGGGAUGGAUUUUGGACAAUAAAGCUUUUAGAACUUGUACAAAAAAAUGGUUUGAAUGAUUAUCUGAAUGUGUGUGUGUCCCUGCAUUAUGGGUACAAAUGAAAAGCAGCAUCCCACAAGGCUGUACUUUGACUCUUUGAUAUUUGAGCGGUUGUGUGUGGGUGUGUGAAGAAAAAAACCAAGAGGAGACCCAGGCGGAGUAUUGAUAAUGAAUCAACAUGAAUGCUCAGAUUUGCAAAGAUGCUGAGAAAAACGACUGUUUCAAAAAAUAUUAACCAGAAAUUGAAAACUGAGUAUAUACAGCUCUCAGGAAAUAAAACGGAUUUGUAUUGUGAUCAAUUUGUGCUGGCUUCUACGGAAGUGUGCACCUCAACACCCUCACAGAAUCUGUUCAGCCCAAAGUUAUUCCUUUUCCAGUUGUUUCAUACAGGCAACUUGUGACAGCAGGGCUGGUGUUUGGCCAAGAUACGAUGGUGAAUGCAAAUGGCAACAAGUGUCUGAGCUCUCAAUGCAUCUGUG